AAAUGUGCCACCGAAACACAUGGCUCUGUCGAGGUACGCAUCGGAUGGGAUUCUGCAAUACGUCGCUGGCGGAAGGGUUCUGAACUCAGGUACAUCGUGUGCACUGACGGCUUCCCACCGUGUCUCGCGAGGCGAGUGGAAGACGACAUGAAACAGGCGAUUUCCGCUUGGCAGGGUAUUGGCGUGAGCUUCAAGCAAGUCUCUCGCGAUUCUAAAGCCACAUUCACCGUCAGAUACCAAAGGGGCAUAUGGAAGAAAGCUUACGCCUGCUCUUUCUUUCCUGAUCCUUCGCCGGCAGAGUUGCUCGUGUUCGAGCCGACUUGUUCCAAGCCCGAAUACCUGCCGAACAUACUGGCACACGAGAUCGGUCAUAUUCUGGGUCUUCGCCACGAAUUUGCUCUUGAGAAAGAGGGGUGGGAACCUUCUUGUCGCCUUGGGCCUGAGAAUCCCCAGUCGAUCAUGCAAUAUUAUGAUCACUUGGGGAAGUACAAAGUCAAUGAUCUUGACCUCCAAGGCCUAAGGGAAUUCUAUGAGUACGAUCAAGAAAAGUACGACGGGCUAGCGGUACUUGAUAUCGAACCAGGACUACAU